AUGCCUAAUGUUGUUGUUUCAGAUGUGCAUGAUUCAGGUAAUGAUGAUGCUGAUGUUGAUAAGGAGAUUGAGAUGGAGGGUAAUCCAACCGUGAAGACUCUGGUUAAUCCACCAAAACCGGCUGUGACUCCUGAGGCUAAGCCAUACAAGCCAAAGAUUCCAUUUCCACAGCGGCUCAAGAAAGCAAAGUUGAAGUUGCAGUAUGAUAAGUUUAUUAAUAUGAUCAAAAACGUUCACAUUAAUGUUCCUUUAGUUGAUUUAAUUCAGGGGAUGCCGAACUAUGCCAAGUUCAUUAAGGAGCUUGUGACUGAUAAGGGGAAGAUGGAUGAGGUGAAAGCUACAUAUCUCAAUGCUGAGUGUUCUACUAUCUUGCAGAACCAAAUUCCACCAAAGCUUAAAGAUCCAGGGAGUUUCCUUAUCACUUGUUCUAUUCGCACCCUGACUUGUAAGGCACUUGCUGAUUUAGGUGCCAGCAUUAAUUUGAUGCCUUACUCGGUUUGGAGUAAGUUGGCUUCAGGAGUUUUGAGACCCACCCGUAUGAGUAUUAGAUUAGCUGACCAUUCUUUUCAGUAUCCCAUUGGGAUUGCUGAAAACAUGACUGUCUGGGUAGGCCAUAUUGUGUUUCUUGUUGACUUCGUUAUCCUCGAAAUGGAGGAAGAUACGAAGGUACCCCUUAUUCUUGGACGACCAUUCCUAAAAACCGCGGAUGCUAUCAUCCGUGUGAAAGAUAAGGAAAUUUCUUUGGGUAUAGGUACUCAUAGGAUUGUUUUUAAUGUUGAGAGGUCUAUUAAGCAUUCUUAUUCUACUAACGAGUCUUGUUUUAGGAUAGAUGUUAUUGAUGAUGCUUUAGACAGAGAAUUUCAGGAACUCAUGGGGACUGACAUUGAAAAUGAGGAGUCACUUGCUUAG